AUGGAGAAGACUGUUGCACAAAACAGAAGAGAUUGGGCCGAACACCUCAAUGACGAUCUUUGGGCAUACAGAACUGCAUAUAAGACCCCCAUAGGAACCACCCCUUACAGGCUGGUCUAUGGAAAAGUCUGUCAUCUACCUGUUAAACUUGAGCACAAAGCUUAUUGGGCUAUCAAAUUUCUGAAUCUUGAUUCUACUCUUAUGGGCAACAAAAGAAAGCUUCAGCUGAAUGAAUUGGAUGAGUGGAACGUCAUGGCAUAUGAGAAUUCAAAACUUUACAAGGAAAGGGUGAAAGAGUACCACGACAGACAUAUCAAGCAUCCUAAACAAUUUCAAGAAGCGGAUCAAGUGUUAAUGUUCAACUCAAGGCUGAAACUAUUCUCAGGGAAGCUUAAGUCACAUUGGUCGGGUCCAUAUACGAUCAGUCAAGUUUCCCCACAUGAAGCAGUCGAGGUAACUCACCCUGAAAAAGGUACUUUUAAGGGGACAUACGGCCUCAAUGAGGACCUCGUUGAGGUCGUCUGCCCCAUCCAGAGGCUUUUCCUUAGGGUAUACAGCCUCAAUGAGGACCUCAUUGAGGUCGUAUGA